GCCAAUGCGUCCACAACGCCGGUCAAAUAUUUAAAGGUCUCUAUCGAAAGGCAGUAAUACAUAUAUCUGCGUUUCAAAAGUAACUAUAAACAAAAACUACAAUGCCGAAGCAAGCUAAAAAGCGCCGUUCAACUCGUACUCGUCCAUCGCGUCAAAACGAACAAACUGUGGCGGAAACCAAUGGCGAGACGUCGAACGCGGCCAACCACACCAGCGAACAGCCGCUUGGUUCUGCCACGAACUACGCCGACAUGUCCACCGAAGUCCUCCAUCUUCUCUUGGCCCAGCGAAACCUCUCUCUUUCUGGUUCGCGUGACGUUCUUUUACGCCGCCUUGCUGAUCACGACAGAACGGCAAAUUCUCCAGCCUUAACACCAGCUCUACCACCACGUGAUCCGACUCCCAGUACGCCUCAAUUUUCCGCUGAAUCUCUCCGCUCGUUGGCAGUUAACCUCGCACCGUUGCUCCGCGACGUUUUGGCCCGCGACACGCCACCAUCGCCUCAACCACCGCUUCCACAACCAUCGCCAGCAGCGAGCCUUAUCGCGCAGUCCGCGCCAACACCCUCUUUCGAUCUGGGUAAUCCUUCCAGCGUUGCCACUUUAAUCUCGUCUUCGCCAGUUUACUCGUCAUCCACCUCAUUACCGUCAGAGACUCCCAGUCUGCCUAAGAAAGUCGAGGAACAGAUCGUUAACGAUGGACCGCUUCAAACAAUUAGCGCCGCUGGCCUCUCCUCUGCCUUGCGUCAUCCCAGUAUCCAUGAUUCAAACUUAAAGAACCGUGUUUAUGAACUUAUUCAGCAUUCAUGGGCACCAUCAACCAAACAAACCUACGCCGCCGGCAUAAAACAAUUCAUUUCAUUCUGCCUUGCAAAAGGUAUCGUGACACCCUGUUCACCUUUACUGCCUGCGACUGAACUUACCCUGCUCUACUUCGUCGGCCAUCUAUCCAAAUCUGUUUCAUAUUCAACUGUUAAAACAUACUUAGCUAGCGUGUCUUACCUCCACGUAAAUUUUCAAAUCCCAUUCGACAUGGGGAGCAUGCAACUAUUAGAAAAAAGUCUAAAAGGUCUGAAGCGCCUCAAGGGUGAAAAAUUGCGGGAUCGACGGCCUAUCACUGUGACCGAACUCGAGUCCCUUCAUUCUGCCCUACGACCUCAGUUUACAGACUGUUUAGACAAUGUGAUGCUUUGGGCCGCCUUCACUCUGGCCUUUUUUGGCUUCCUGCGCUGUAGUGAAUUCACGUGUAAUUCUCCAUUCGAUCCCGAGUGCCACCUAUCCCGCAAUGACAUUAUUUUCCACCCAAAUAUCCUCCACGCAGAAUAUUACGAUGUCUUGAUCAAGCGUUCCAAAACCGACCCUUUUCGUCGUGGAUGCCGUUUGACAAUCGGCUCAUCGCGUAAUAAACUCUGCCCGGUUCGAGCUAUGAAAACAUAUCUACUCCAGUCAUCGUCUGGCCAAACCCCUCGUCCACUGUUCCAAUUUACAUCUGGUGUCCCACUUACACGUGUAACCCUAACAUCGCAUCUACGUCAUCUACUUCAAGGGCAAGGACUGGCCGAAAACCUCUACGCCUCUCAUAGUUUCAGGAUCGGAGCUGCUACAGCUGCGGGCUCAGCCGGCCUACCCUCCUGGCUCAUCAAAACGCUAGGACGUUGGUCUUCAGACUGUUACGAGAGAUACAUUAGAACUCCAAAGGACGUCUUAGCUUCCGUUCCAUACAAACUAACUGCAAGUACCAAACAUUAAAAAUUUUGUUUUAAUAUCUACCUUUUAAACUCAAUCAUUAUGCUUCCUUGCUGUAUAGUCCGUAUAACACCAGUCCCCUAUUUGUGUGUAUGUGGAUCCUUCCUGCAAACUCAUAGCCUGCCGUAUGUUUUGUUCUGUCAUGCUACCACGGCAACUGCACGAUAUCUUCGAAUCUGUUUGUUCAAGGACCCACAUACACACAAUUGCCGGCCACCUUCGCAGGAUUGUGUUUUAAAGACAUUUUAGGGUGGCCCUCUCUCCUGUCGAAAGACAGGACUCUAAUUCGGCUACUUCCCGUGGCGGAAAUGGCGGUUUGCACUUUGUGCAGACCGCCAUUAAUGGCAGGAAGUGCUGUCCUUCUGGACAACACCUCACCACGUGAAGUGCAUUUGUACAGGUCAUUUUGGUCGAAAACGCGACCUGAUGACCUGACCUAGAGACUCGAUGGGUCAGUCAGACAAUAUUUGAGUCGAGCUGACUGACCUGAACAGGGGUCCGCCUGUUCCCCUGUUAUCUAGAGGUCCGCCUGUUCCUCUAGAAAAACCUAUAGUUUUUGCAUGCUCUGUCGGGUUUUGAGUGCCCUUACUGUCUCAGUAUAACUAAUGGUGGUCCCUAGAUCAUCAGGUCUCAACUCACUGAACAACAUGCACAGAGCUGGCUCACACCCUCUGCAACUUAGAGGUCCUCCUGUUCCUCUAGGAAAAACUUAGGUUAAUUAGAGCCUCUAGACCUUUUUUCGAGCGCUUCCUGCCCAAAUUAUAUGCCACAAAAAUGUCUCAUUGUGUUUUUCUUUGCUGAGUUGCCAGACGUUCAAAAUCCUUAUAAAGAAUCUCAACAUAUAAACUACAUUAAAAAAAAA